UUUGCGCAGUUGCGCCGUUAAUCCAACGUCGCAAAAAAAGCAAAAAUAAGCAAACAUGAGUUCAGAAUCGAAGCAAACUAGUAAAAUAAAAGACUCUGACUGCAAGGAGACAUUGAAAAAGACAGCAGACAAAAACAAGAUACAACAGAAUAGACAGAAGUAUUAAUUGUACAAGAAAAAAGUAAACAGCUAAAUGUGGACUGAUCAGGGAUAGGACAGAAACUCUCGAGUACCAGCAGGUGGUGACAGUCAUCCACUCACAGAUAAUGAAGAGCCGUAAAAGAGAUCACGUCAACAGUGGCUGUGAGGACCAAAUAUGUAUGAUUUUGGUAAUAUAAUAACCCAGUAAUGCCCAAGUGUCACAAGGUACUGAUAUAGAUGUUGAUGGAUUAUAAAUUAUUCUAUUUUUUGUGUGUGUUUUGGUGACAACACAAACACACAACACAAGGUCAAUCCAAAGAAAGAUCCCUGAAAGAAAUGUGCACUUAUCAUCAAUCUUCAAUUCAGCUCAUUCUUCCCAACUUUGGAUAAAAGCUAAAGCUAAAGCUAAAUAACUAAAGUAACAACAAACAGCAUUAAUACAUUUGUUAUUUUAAUAAGUUAAAGUUGCAGAUUAAAUGAGCUUUAAAUGUCAGUCUCCAGUGGAUCCACUCCACCCGCCCACGUGCUCACAGGUGAGAUCUGCGAAUGAAGAAAAUGACACAAAGUUAUGUCUUCGGUACGAGGAGUCUCCCAGUGUCAGCUCCAGCUCAGAUGGAUGCAGCCAGGACCUGUCUGCUCUGUGUGGUUCUGUGUGUGGGGACGGGGACUGGCACCAGAACCGGACACAGCACUGACGACAGGACAGAGCGAUGGGUUCUUCACGAUUACAUGAUGACUUUAUACCAAUCAUUCAACAGGCUUCAUCCCACAGACAUUAAUGGCUCACGCGGAUUUACGAACACCAUAACAGGAUUUGUGGACAAAGGAAAAGACCGUCCAUCAUCUCAGAGAGGUCAGCAUUACACUUUCGACGUGUCCAGCCUGAACAAGGAUGAACUGGUGGAGGCGGAACUUAGAAUUCUAAGGAAACCUGCACCAGACCUCCCGACUGUCCUAAGUGGAGGAAACCUUUACAGCCUUCGCCUAUACUCCUGCUCAUCACACAUGCAGCUGCUGGACUCCAGGACUGUGGAGGUUUUGGACGGCGGUCUGCCUAAGUGGGAGGUGUUUGAUGUGUGGUCCAGCAUCGAGGCCUGUAUGAGGAGUGGCGUGGAACCGCUGCAGGUCUGCUUCCACCUCCUGGUCUCCUCUGAGCUGAACAAGCAACCGGUCAAUCCACUGCUGCUGGGGCUUGGUCACCACGAUCUGCCACAGCAGCAGAGAGCUUUGCUGGUGGUCUUUUCACAUACUGACACCAAGGACAGUCUGUUCAAAGAGGUACUGGAUGGAGGGGAAUUUGAACGCCCACAGUCCUUUAAACCUUGGACCAACCCUGAGAAGAAGCAUCUACCACACGGUCUCAGAGCCUUAUUCAAACGCUCCUUCAGUGGGAGGAGUGGACGCAGAAGGCCGCGCUGCAGUCGUAAACCACUCCUGGUCAACUUCAAAGAUCUGGGGUGGGAUGACUGGAUCAUCGCCCCUUUGAACUACGAGGCUCACUACUGUGACGGCGUCUGCGAUUUCCCCCUGCGCUCCCACCUGGAGCCCACCAACCACGCCGUCAUCCAGACCCUCAUCAGCUCUAUGGAGCCAGGCAUCAGUCCGCCUAGUUGCUGCGUCCCCUCCAGCCUCAGUCCCAUCAGCAUCCUCUACAUUGACUCACGCAACAACGUGGUCUAUAAGCAGUAUGAGGACAUGGUGGUGGAGAGCUGUGGCUGUCGCUAGCACAGAGGAUGUACCGCAGAGCAGACCGGGAGGAUCGAAAGCUAACAUUCAUGUUUUAUACCAGCUGAAGUCUGGUCUGUAGCCUCACUACUGUCACCAGCCGGCUGCUGUUUGGUGCUAAAUGAGGAAUAAAGUUGGUUAGGGGAGUGAAGCAGAAAUAUUUACAUCUGUGUAUUGCCAUAUUUAUCAAAACCUGCUUUUCUUUCAACAAGAACAUUUCCAGUAACCACAACACACAAACCAAAAGUUAAAUGUUAUAAUUGUAUUAUUAUAUUAUUUUCACAUAAAUGUUUAAACCCUGUAAUAGUUUGCUGUUAUGUAUUAUAGUUUCUUCUUUAGCCUUCAUGUUAUACAUCCACCUGUAAUGGAAAUAAAAGACCUGUACAAUAUAUUGA